UAUGUUGAAGUUCGCUGUGCUUGUACUUCUGUGUUUGGUCUAUGUCGCUUCUCAGGAGCUUGAACUAUUCAGUGAUUGCGUAGACGAAGUAGACCAGAGACAAAAGCCGGGACAGUGUGUACUCGUACCCCCUAGCUGGCUCGUCUCAAAUACGUACCGAAAUUUCGCCCACCGCGUCCUGGGAAACGCCACAUUUCAGCCGGCUGCUGACAAUCGCAACACGCCCUUUGGAGUGACGCGAGCAGCUACGCACGCAUCGGACGGCAUCGUAGUCAGAAUAGAGUUCACCACGGUCCAGAGCUCCUGCAACAGCUCACUUAUCUAUUCUAAGGAGCAAUGUUUACCAGUCGGUAGUGAGGUGAACGCGCUGUGUCAAGCCAAGUUUCGUUACGAUGGUAACCUGACCAUGGAAUAUGCCCGUUGUGAUCCACAAAAUGAGAAUAUUUAAGGAAAGUUUCUGAAAUAACGCAAGUCUUC